GCUCUCCCUCCCCCUCCUCUCCUGAAUUUCUCGCUCCCUCUCCCUCUCUCUUUCGCUCUUACAUAUUGUCGACUCUCGUUUAAUUGACUCCUGGAUCCCACUUUUCUCUCGUUGUGCCCUUUUUUUCUUCCUUGUUUCAACUCCCUCUCUCCCCCGGCCUAGUCCGGCCCCAGUCGAAUCCUCCACCGUCAGUCUAGAUCAGGGUAGAACGUCAUGGUUCGCUCGCGUGUCUUCUCCUUCAUUUCGGCUUUGGGCGGCUCUUCCCGCGAUUCGGAUACGGGCCAGCAACACCACAACCACCACCGCCGCCGUCGUCGUCCGCUCUCCAAGUCGGUCUCCCACAUUCAGAAUGUCGAGAAAACGUCAUCUGCCACGUUGCUGUCGUCGUCACCGUCACCGGCACUCUUUGUCUCGGAAACCAGUGGUGGAAUACCCUCUCCCGCGUCCGACCGACAGAGCUCGCGGGCCUCCGUUGCUCUGACCUACAGCCCGCCCCUGGUGGACGUGGCCGACGAUACCCUGCCGGAACUCUCGCCGAUCUUCACGUUUCUCAACAGUCAUAGCAACAAGCGUUAUCAGGAGGGUUAUUUUCUGAAGCUCAACGAUCUGGAUAUCCAUGGCCGCCCAUGCCCGGAUCGCCAGUGGCUGGAAUGCUAUGCCCAACUGGUUGGAACGGUCCUUUCCCUCUGGGACUCGGCUGCGCUGGACGCUGCCGAGAACGAAGGCGAAGUUCCCUCGACCUUUAUCAAUCUGGCGGACGCCUCGAUCAAGAUGAUUGAAACCCUCCCGACGCAAAGCGAAAAAAUGCAACCGUUGAAAAAUAUCCUCAGCAUCUCGUCCGCGGGCAAGAACCGAUAUCUCCUUCAUUUUCCUUCCCUCCACGCCCUGACGCAGUGGACCGCCGCCAUCCGGCUCGCCAUGUUCGAGCACGUCUCGCUCUACGAAGCCUACACCGGCUCUAUCAUCGCCGGCAAGGGCAAAAUGCUCAACAACAUCCGCACCAUCAUGGAACGUUGCAAGUUCAAGCACGAGGACUGGGCCCGCGUGCGCUUCGGAGCCGGAACGCCCUGGCGGCGAUGUUGGUUCGUCAUCCAUCCCCCCAACGAGAAGGAGAUGCAGAAGCUGCAGAAGGCUUCCAAGAAGAAAUCUGCCUAUACCCGCGCCCCGCACACUCUCACCGGCACCAUCGAGUUCUACGAGUCUAAGAAGACCAAGAAGGCCCAGCCCAUCGCCACCAUCACCCACGUCUACUCCGCCUAUGCCAUCUAUCCGCAAUCGAAACCCCUCAUCGAUCAGUCCACCCUGGUCAAGCUGGAAGGCCACAUCAGCGUCCCCUCGAGGCCCCAAUCCACCGAGGGCUUUGUCUUCAUCAUGCCCGAAGUCCAUCCCGCCGUGUCCGGCUUGGAGAUGAUGCUGCGUUUCCUCUUCCCCACCUUCGACACCUUUGGCCUCUACGGACGCCCAACCCGCCUGGUCGCCGACACAACUCACCAAAAGAGCAUCAUGUUCGCCUUCCCCAAACGCCGCCGCUAUGGCUACCUGGAUACCCUGGAUGUGGCCGGUCUGAUCCACACCGCCGGAAGUGAGAAUUGGAGUGAGGCCGAAUGGAGACGACAGCUCAAGGAGGCCACUGCCCGCCGCAUGGCCGCCGGCGGUGGUGGUGGUCUUGGUGGUGGUGGUGGUGGUGGUGGCAGCAGUGAGUCGAGUAGCGUUUCUGGCCGUAGGAACCGCCACCGUGCCAGUCUUCCACCGCAUAGCGAGAUCGUCCGUUCUCGGCUCCUGCGACACGCAACCUCCCGUGAUGACCAGUCUGACUCGAAUCAAUCCGGGAGUGGCAGUCUGUUGGACGGACCCCGCCCCGCAGGCCCCCCGCCACCCUCUCAUAAUCGGGGUCAGUCCGAUACCACGGGUCUCAAGUCCAGCAAAAAGAGGUCUUCUCAAGAUUUCCUCAUCCAAGAGAACUCGCCGCAUUCCUCGGUGCAGGAACUCAACCGGCCGGGAGCCGCGCUCUACGUCGUCAAUGACACCGAGGAAGGCAGCGGCUCAGACAGCGAGAGAGAUCAAGCGGAAGCCACCCAGGCCGAUGUGCUCGAGGGUGACAUGCGGUUGAACUCACCCUUGGCACCCGUCGCCCUUCCACCCGCGUUUGCCCACGCUCCGGGGGCCGUGCCACCCAGCCGUCCACAGCCAUCCCCAGAGCUUCAAAAGGCCAAGAAUCGCAUGUCAAACGGCACUCUCUCCCAGCUGGUUGCCGCUGCAGCCGCUGGCAACCGCCACGAUGACAGCGAGGGGGAUAUCGGGGAGAGAGGUAUGGGCCAGAUGAUGAGUACUACUUCCACCCCACCGGCUGUCCCGGAGCAUCGGUAUGAGAAUACGGUGGCCAGCAGCACGGAGAGAGUCGCCUUCAUUCCACCCGCCGAUCACAGUCGCCUUCGGUUGGAUAUUCCCAUCAGCGUGAAGCGCAAGCCGGUUCCCCAGCCGUCAGCCCCCCCCAUACAGGAGACUCCCAUCUCGGCGAAGGAACCUAGCUUCGAAGACCUGCGGCAUACCAUGGACGAAGAUGCUCUGAGCCGAGUGGGUCUGCGGCAACUGGCCUCCAUCUCGCCGGACAAGGACAUCCAUCCGGACGAGGACAGCACGUACGAUGACGCAUCCACGGCUUCGCCCGAUUACGCCAGCACCCACGAGUCGGUGUAUAGCAAGCGUUCCGCCACCUCCGUGCCUAAGCCGCGGAUGGGGGUGAUGAAGACGGUGGGAGAGCAGCCCAAGAGCGAUCUCGUCAUCGGCGAUGGCCGUUACGCUGUCGAACAGGACAAGCUCGAGUCCACCUUCGAUCUCCCUGCGGUGGACUUUGGUCCUACGCUGGCUCUCCUGCCCACGACACGCCGGCCUAGCACGUCGGAUACGCUCAAAGCGUUUGAGACGCACAAGAGAAAUCCCGAUUUGACAGCAGCGGAGGACUCGAACGAAAAGCGAUACUCCCUAGGCGCGGGUGACCAUAACCAUACCCGGUCGGGAUCUCGAGGAGAAGAGUUCCGUCGCAGCAUGCUGUGGCAGCCGGGCAUGGCGGUUGCGCGACCGGAGAGCCCGGGAUCCGGCUUGACCCCGGAACAGUUCGUCCAGCAACGUGCCAGAGCCAUGACGCCGCCGCUGUACGUACCACACCACAAUCACAAUCGAUCGUCAUCGAUGUCCCCCCCGCCUCCGCAGCAGCAACCACAACUACAACUACAACAACGCCCUGUGACAUCACAUCUGGGUGGUGUUAUGGGGCAAGGUGCUGCCUCGCCGCCGCUGUCGCCGCCGUCGCGUCCUCAAUCCCGCGGGGCCAGCAGUCUGAUGAACUACAACGACAUCUCGUCGCACCUGUCCGCCCGUGAACAGGAACAUGUGGCUCGCGUGACAGGAUCUUCGUUCUUCAACCUCUCCGCUGACAACAGCCGGCCCGAGGCCCCCGUGAACCCACGGGGUCUCGUGAGCGUCAUCGAUGCCCGGGAACGCGAGAAGCGAAGCUUCAAGGAGGGCCUUGCAGCGCCCAAUCCUAUGGUACAGCAGGCCAUUGCUCAACGGCAACAUAUGUUCCACCAGCAACAACAACAGCAGCAGCAGCAGCAGCAGCAUUACGCUCUUUCAUCCCAACCCGCCACGCCCUCCAUGUAUGGCGGCGCACCCCCCAUCCCCCCCCAACAUGGCCACCAACAGAGCCUCUACAGUAUCCCCACCGCAAGCCACACCUGGGACGCUCUCAGCCAGAUGCCGCGCGCAGAUGAACCCCGCCGUCAGUCGUGGUACGGGCCCUUUGUCCCUACCUCGCAGGGGACUCCUAGCCCGCCGGCCUACCAGGGGCACCCCCAACAACAACAGCAGCAACAGCAGUAUAACCAGCAUAUCAACUAUUUCAGCAACUACCCAAAUGCAUGAAUACGUGCCUCCUUUCUCUACCAUCUAAGCAUUGAAUUCUAGAUGCACCUCUUUUCAUUUCAUGUGACUUCUUUUCCUUACGCACCCUGCACAUAGCAUCUCAUACAAGACUUCGCUCGUCACUCAUUAGAGCGCACCUUGCUAACCUUGCUACCUUUGCCACUUUCCUGUCCUCCUUCCUGUUGGUUUUGUUUCAUCAUGCCGCCUUCUCUCGAGUCCAACAAUGCAUCGCACGGGGAGUUGAGGGGGUGGGUGGCGUCUCGGUCUCGAUCUGGGAAGAUUCUUCUCUUCAUUUGCUCUCUCUCUCUCUCUCACACACACACACAUUUCUUAUUUAACUCAUUGUACAUAAUUUUACUACAUAGUUGGAUGACUUCCAGGCAAAACCAUUUAUGGGUGG